AUGUCUCUAUCAAAUACCGUCGAGCUGAACACUGGCUGGCAAUUCAGAGAGAUUGAUCUGGGAAAGUCAGACUCAUGGCUUCCUGUUCCUUCAAUCCCAAGUGUGGUUCAUAUGGAUCUAAUACACAACAAAAGAAUACCCGACCCUUCGCUUGAUACCAAUGAGCUCGACUGUCAAUGGGUAGAAGAAAAGUCAUGGAGGUAUAUGCUUGAGUUUGCUACGCCGUCUCGAAAGAUUGGCGACAAAGCCGUUAUUGUUUUUGAAGGUCUAGACACGGUCGCCACAGUCAAACUCAACGGCAACGAGAUCCUGAAAAGCGACAAUAUGUUUGUAAGCCACAGAAUCGACAUCACGACUCAGCAUCUCGAUACUAGCCACAACACUCUUGAGAUCGACUUCGCUUCAGCCGCAAGGUACGCACGUGGGGUCGAGAAAGACCAUCCAGAACAUUGGUUUAUAGCGCACCAAGGAGAGUCCACGCGUAUGGGACUUCGCAAGGCUCAGUAUCAUUGGGGCUGGGACUGGGGGCCAAGACUAGUGACAGCAGGCAUCUGGCGACCAGUAAGGCUCGAAACCUUCAGCAGCCGUGUCGAAGAUGUAUCAGUGCAAUACUCUGUGGACGAGAAGUCGAAGGACUGCCAGGGCAUCAUUGACGUGCACGUUGAAGCAAACGCUCAGGGACCAGACGGGUCCUCCGUGUUGGAAAAGCAGAUCACAGUCGAAAAGUCUGCGCAAGUACCAUUUACCUUGCGGAAGGCUUCCUUGUGGUAUCCAUUCGGGUAUGGAGAACAAUCGCUGUAUACCUUGACCUGCAACAUCGUCCAUGGUACUACCAUCAUUGACAACGUAAGACGGAAGGUAGGCUUCCGGAAGGCGGAGCUGGUCCAAGAAAAGGAUUCAUACGGAAAAUCUUUCUAUGUCCGAGUCAAUGGGAUUGAUAUUUUCGCUGGCGGUUCAUGCUGGAUCCCUGCUGAUCCGUUUAUUCCUCGAAUAUCUGCACAAAGAUACAGAGAAGUGCUGACGGCCAUGGUCGAGAGUAACCAAGUCAUGACCAGGAUUUGGGGUGGCGGAAUCUACGAAGAAGACAUCUUUUACGAGGUUUGUGACGAAUUAGGCAUCCUCGUGUGGCAGGAUUUCAUGUUUGCCUGCGGUUCAUACCCAGCGUUUCCAGAUUUUCUGGACUCAGUGGAGCGUGAGGCAAGACAAAAUGUACGAAGACUUCGUCACCAUCCAUCUGUGGUGCUUUACGCUGGUGGAAACGAAAACUACUAUAUUCAAGAGACUUACAAGCUUACCUACGACUAUGCUGGGGACAAAGAUCCUCAGUCAUGGUUAAAGUCCAGCUUCCCUUCACGGUACAUUUUCGAGCAUUUGCUUCCAAAAGUACUAGCUGAAGAGUCUCCUGGAUCUAUCUACCAUCCUGAUAGUCCUUGGGGUGAUGGCAACCCCAUCUUGGACGAUACCGUUGGCGACAUCCACCAGUGGGAAGUCUGGCACGGAGUGAUGAAACCAUAUCAGAUCUAUGGCGAAAUCGGAGGCCGUUUCAACAGCGAGUUUGGCAUGGAGGCAGCUCCCCAUAUCAGCACGAUUAAUCAGAGUAUAAGUGAUCCCAGGGAAAAGCAUCCAUCAUCAUGGACCAUGGACUUUCACAAUAAAGCCGGUCAACAGCAAAGACGUCUUGCUUCAUAUAUUUCCGAAAACUUCAAAGUCACAAACUUGGACCUGAAUAGCUGGGUAUAUCUUACACAAUUACUACAAUCAGAAGCCAUGCACUAUGCAUAUCGCAGUUGGCGUCGCCAGUGGGGUAAGCCUUCCCAGCGCCAAUGCGGCGGUGCCUUGGUCUGGCAGCUCAACGACACAUGGCCAGCCACUUCCUGGGCCAUAGUUGACUAUUACCUCGUAAAGAAGCCCUCGUUUUAUGCGAUGAAGCGAGACUUGAGCCCAUUGUCUGUUGCAGUCAUGCGGAAACACAACAACGACUGGACCAAGCUCUUUCCCUCGAGACCAGACACGAUCGAAUACGAUCUGUGGGUUUCGAGCAGCAAAGCGACGCACAUCGAAAAUGCAACCAUAGAAUUGCGCUUUAUCUCGAUACGGACAGGACAGGAGUUUUUGCCCACGCAACACAAAACUGCCCGGAUCGAAGCCAACAGCUGCACUACCAUCUUAGAUAACACCAAGCUCGAUUGUCCACUUGACAGGGACGCUUUCGUGAUCUUUGCGAAGUUGAUCAUCGAUGGCAAUGUGGUCAGCCGAGACUAUGACUGGCCUCAACCAUACAGAUACCUUUCUUUUGAAGACCGAGGGUUGGGAGUCAAGCUCAAUGAAAGCCGGAAUCAGAUCAGUAUCUCCGCGACAAGGCCUGUCAAAGGCUUGAUAUUUGGAGAAAGGCCCGGAUUGACAUUGAGCGACAAUAGCAUUGAUGUGAUGCCUGGGGAGCAAUACAUUGUCGACGUCGACGGUCUGCAAGAGGGUGAGGCUUUGACUUGGAAGUACCUGGGUCAAGCGGAAGCUCCUACGUGCAAGUUAUGAGCAUGAACGGUGGAUGCAAGUAUAGAAUAUCGAUAGAGUCUGGUGAGAUGAACCGUUCUUUGAGG